AAACAUUCACACCUGAGGACUAUGUGGCUGAUCCUGAAAAUAUGAAGCGGUAUAGCAUGGAUCCUGCUGAUUCUGCCUUCAGUUGCAUGGGCUCCAUGUAUUCUAUGCGGCAGAGUCCUGCAGAUGGACGUCCUGCUGGAGGCUCCUCUUCCUCCUGUAGCCAUCGUCCUGCCCAGAUGUCUUCAGGGGGGUCCUCAUCUACCAGCCUGCAUCAUCAAACCUCCAGCCCAACAAGGAACGGGACCUAUCUUGAAGGAAACAGAAGUGCCUCAAGUCCUUCACCAGAACAGCAAGACACGACUCGGCCAUCAAGCAAGAAUCCUUUGACCUGGACGGUGGAUGACGUGGUUUGGUUUGUGAAGGAUGCAGACCCUCACGCUUUAGGUCCUCACGUGGAGCUCUUCAGAAAACACGAGAUUGAUGGCAAUGCUUUGUUGCUGCUGAAAAGUGACAUGAUCAUGAAAUACCUGGGGCUGAAACUGGGACCUGCGCUGAAACUGUGUUACCACAUUGAUAAGCUCAAGCAAGCCAAGUUCUAA